AUGUUAAUAAGUGGCUACCACGCCAUUGGUCUGCCGCUACCGCAUAGCUCCUUUCGGCGCUUUAUUUACGCAAAGAAACACGAAGCAAAGAAGGACAAACCCGAAAAUGUCAAUGGCAGCUCCGAGUCUAUUCUAGUACCUGGGCGUACCGUUUAUCUCGUGAAUUUACCAUCAAUUGCUUCGAAUAUGUGGUUACGCGCGUGUUUGGAGCCUCUGGGGACAAUUCAAGAUAUAAUUGUGAAGAGUUUGGAGCAAUUGCAUGAAGAAAACGACAAUAGCAAUGAUUUAGGCAAUCGGUGGACAGCGCACGUAGUAUUUAAAUCAAAGGAAUCGGUGGACAAGCUGCUUCAAAUAGACGUGUUGGAGACGCCUGUGGCAAUUAAAACGUGUGGUUUGCAAGCGUAUACAUCCAAGUAUCAUCAGAAUCGUUCAGGAUUUUCCGAAAUUAAAGAAAUAGCUGAUCGGUAUAUGGCAUCGUUUGAUGAGAUGGAAAUGACGGAUUUACGUCGUCGGGAGGAACUUAAGAAUCAAGUGGAUGAAGAUGGAUUUCAAGUAGUCGUGAAUACUAAAAAGCGUGGAUUUAUACAGUCGGAGACACUGACAGCUCGACCUGCUAAGAAAGAGAAAAACAAAAAAGUUGAGAAUUUCUAUCGAUUUCAAACACGCGAGAAGAAACGAGAUCAGCUCAAGACAUUGCGUGAGCGUUUUGAAGAGGAUCGACAGAUUGUUGAAAAGAUGAAGAAAGCUAAUAAAUUCAUUCCGGAAUAA